AGCACACACAUCAGUUUAGGUUUCGUAAAUCCUCGCGACGAUGGCGGCGAUACUUAAAUUACAAUCUUUUAUCAUUAUCAUCGUUUGUUUUCAGUCCAGGUUUUCUUAUGGCUUUAAACUGCCAUAUGAUGGAGCUAAAAUAGUUACGUACGGCGAACCGUGUCAGCCACCGUGUUAUCUGCCUGUUACAAUCGAGGAACCUGCAAAGCCUGAUGUGACAGAAUCGGUUUUAUCCGAAUCCUACACCUAUCAACCGCUAAAAUUAAAUUAUCGAAUGAUCUCCACUGAACCGAUCCAAAAUUAUCAACCGCAAGCGGAAUAUCCAAUUGUCGUACAAGUACCUCAGGUUUCUCAACCCUUGGUUGAGGAAGUAAUCACGCCGGAUCCUUUUCGAGGAAAAUCCUACACGUACAACAUCCAGACUCUACCACCUCCGUCCGUGCCGACCUCGAGGAGAUAUGAUUUUGAUUUUCAAGUACCACCUUCUUCACCAACUUCAACGGUGCCAAACGAUACACCACAAUCCGUUAAACUUUUGACUGGCCUUACUAGCAAAAUUGACAGGGUUUUAAUUCCUGCUUGCCAAGUGCCAUCUUCUAGCUGCUGUAAGACUGAUACGGCAUGAAAUUAUUUAUAGUUAUUCUGAUAACGCGGUAUCUCUCAUCGAACUUGAGAAAUACAUAGUGUAUUCGACGAACAAAUAAAAAAAAUAAAUAAAGAGAUUUAAAAAAGA